UCAAGUUGCUAGAAAAGUGAAUGUUUUUUCACGAUUUCGCGUCUUUUUGUUUCGUUAAGCAUUCAAUAUGUUCGAAGACAGUGCUUAAAACAUCUACUCUGACAUGUAGCCUGUCCUGUAAAUUAUAAUAUACGCACAUACCUUCUAUUGUGUCGGCAUUGUAGGUUAUAAAGUGUACCUAUUUCGUUGUUUAGUAUCGUCAUCAUUUCAUUGGUUCAGCCGGACCUAUAUUUAGAUUGUUAUAACUCUGUAACGAAGCCUAUGUUUCGAGUGUUAAUUAGAAUUUACGUUGAUUAACGUGUCGAAGUGACUCGCCGGUGAAAAUGGGUCUAAUAAUUUCCAGAUUUCGACGCAAAAAAACGACAACAGAAAUUCUAGAAAAACUCGAAACCAACAUAAAACGAAUCGAGCAAGAUGGUCAGAGCAAGGAGCAGAAACACAAACGGGUCAUCGGCUACGUGAUGGCGUACUCUGUGGGCCUCUACGUGUUGUUCGCGAUCUUGUAUUACUUCAUGUAUGUGGGGAAGAGCCAGCACUGGUUGAGUUCGGUGUUGCAUGCUUCGCCGCUACUGGUGUUGCCAGUUGUUGUGAUCUUCCUACGCACCGCGAUAUCGUGGUACUACAACUGGACCAUCAGCAAGAACAGGAUAAAGCUGAACAAAAUGAAAGAAGAGAAGAAGAAGAUACUCGAAGAGGUUAUGAACACUGAAACGUACAAGGUAGCGAAAGAGAUCCUGGACAAGUACGGGAGCCCUGAAGACCAAUCCAAAGCUCUGAAGCCGUUCACGCCCUCAGUCAACGUGCCUGGUAACAGCGGUAACCCUAGCACCCCCCAAGCGACACCCGGUCAGCUGAGACAGCGACAGCUCGCGUUGACAUCGACCCCCAUCAACCAGAAUAGAGAGCUGAUGCCCAUGAAUAAUAUAGGGUCGACUUUCAAGGGUCCUAGGUUGAGGUCUGAUCAACUGCCUCGUCCGCUGUUGGACAAGAACCGCUCUGCCCUGGACAAAGUGGUGGACUACUUGUUAAAGGACGGGCCCAACCACCGCAUGGCUCUCAUUUGCAACGAGUGCUCUUCUCAUAAUGGAAUGGCAAUGGUAGAGGAGUUCGACUACGUCUCAUACGUGUGUGCGUACUGCGGGCGCCUCAACCCAGCCCGCAAGCAGCGUCCGGCCGCCCCGUUACUGUCUUCACCGCGAGCGCUGCCAGACAUACCACGCCGAAUGGGCGCUGACGACUCUUCCAUAUCAAGUUCCAGUGAUAGCGACGAUGACAAGAAAGUCAAGAUAUCUGAAAUUGGAAGUUCAGAAGCUGAAUCGGAUCGGCCCCCCUCCUCGUUGGAAGGGACUCCGAAAUCCGCCGCCGAAAAGAAAAAAGACUGAAGGAACGUAACCUGUUCCUUAUAAUCUUUUCUACAUAUAAAGAGCGCGAAAAUUUACGAAAAAUAUUGAACGGAAAAUAUGUUUUCCUACUAGAGAAUUUCAAUUGAUAAAGACACUGACAGUUUAUAAACUAGUCCGACAGGUGGUGUUUUGAACCUUUUAACCAUUUCUUAAAAUUAGAUUUUAAUAGGUAGUAUAAAUGUUCUUAAAGUUAAAAUAUGUUUGCAAAUGACACGGCAGGCCUUUAUCCUGUGGAAACAAACAAAAACGGUUCAAAUGUGAGCACUAAUCGGUUAAAAUUCAAAGAUAAAAGGUAAAAAAGGUAAAUACUGUUUGUUUUGUGUGCGAGCAUUAGGUACUUGUGAAAUUGUGAGACAUUUUAUUUGAAAGAGAUACUAUCAAUUUGGUUCAAUGUGAGGAAAGUUUAUAUGAAAACAGUGUUCAAGACAAUGGAAACUUUCGCAGGAUUUAAUUAAAGUAAAUAAAAUUAUCUUAUGAAGUACGUUACCUCACAUGAUUGCAUGUUUUUUUAACAUUUAUAUUGGGCUCUCUCGUAGAGAAUUAUUAUAAAAUUCAUAUUAAAUCGCAAAAUAAAGUGCCUAAAUGACAUCCGCGCCAAAUGUGGCCUCGACAGCUGUCAAAAUUAUUUUAUACAUCGUAAUUUUAUGCUUCCAGCCAGUGAUUUAAAAUUUACAUGUAAUUGUUUUAUGUUUUUCUUCUAUUUUGGUUUAUGAACAGAAGUGGGUAAACGUUUAAAAUGCUACUUUUAUAAAGACCCAGAGCAGUCGGUCUUUUUCAUGAAUUAUUUCUUUGUAAAAUUGGAAUGAAAAUUAUGUUUUUAUUAUUAUUUAGUUUUGACAUGAGGCUCUCGACAAAUAUUCGUGCCUUGAUGAAAUUGUUCGUUUAGUAGUCAAUUACAUGCAAUAAUUACAUAACUACAAGUAAAAAUUUGCUAGUAUUAAGUUUUUGGAGUUCCAUUUCGACAUUUAGUUCUGAAUAAAUUUGUUGCCAACUUUUCAAAUUAUUUAGUUUUUGGUUUAUCGCUAUUUUAGGUAAAAAACUUAAUGGAAAAGUUUCUACAAAAUAUGGUUAACAUUAAGUAUGGAUUACAUUUUCUGUUAAGUUUUUCCUAUAGUUUAAUAUUUAACUCUAUACGAACGAAUAUUUAUUCUUAUUUAAUUUUCGUCAUUUAUUAAGUUAUUUUGAAUCUUCAUAGUCUCUAGUUUAAGCUGGUUUAAAUAAUUUAUUUUAAACAUAAUUUAAUUUUAAAUAGAGUUUAUUUGGGCCCGCUACUUAAAUGAGUUUGGGGUUAUAAUUGGCUUCAGAAUAGCGUCUUUUUUAUCAACAUUACAGUGAUUCCUUUAUACUAAAAGUGGAGCAACCAUUAAAAAUUCUAAAUUAGUCUUUAAAAAACGAUAUAUUUUGAUGGUCCUAAUGUCGUAAUUCUUUAUUAUUUUGAAUGUAAAUCUUUCGUUAACUUCUCUAUAUUGCGAGGAGUAUUGUUUUAUUACCACACUUUGUGGAAUUUAAUAGCAAUGGCAGCAUUAAAAUUUAAAACUAGCUAUAACCCCAAACAAUUUAACAUAUGUACUAACAUUUCCCGUAACUACCUGCAUUUUAUCUCGGUCGACUAACAUAACAUUAGAAAUUUAGUAAUAUUAUUUUAUUUUUAAAGCUAUGUUUGUCUAUUUAAAAACAAAAUGAAAUGACAUCCAUAGGUAAUAUGGUUUUCUCUCUCUUCGUUGCGAUGUUCGACAUUAUAUGAUUUUAUUACCUGAUUUUCUUGAGCUAGCAUAUCUUAUAUCUUUAGGUAGCAUGAAAUUGACCAUUCAGCCACAUUUUAGCAUUCGAAAAUGUAGCUUUCAAAAUAAAAUAAAAAUUACUUUUAAAAUAUACUCAAACGCUUUUUCUAGUCACAUUUACUUGGUGAUCCGAAAAUUGCAUUUAAUAACCAAAUGCAUUGCCCACGUUAUCACAAAUGUCAUUAAUUAUUUAUUAACAUUAAUUAAACAUCUGUUUCGGAUCACCAGCCAUUUAAAGACAACACCUAUAUUUUUUUAACAAAAGGUUAAAACAUUUGAACCUUUUUUUAAAAUUGUCCGAAUCAUGAGCAAAAUAUAUUUUUAAUUGUAUUCCCAGACAUUCCCUGUUUUUUGUAGUUUAGUGUUUGUACAAGCCCGACACAGCCAAAAUGUUUUGUAGAAUAAACCAUUUCCAUAUGAACAAUUUACGUACAGGUAAACCUACGCAACGAUUGAUGAGUGAACGUAUAAUAUAUUCAUCCAUUCGUUCAUGCAUGACAGGCGAAUCUUUUUAAUUUAUUCAAGAUCAUUUCAUUCGCGUCAAGAACACCAACUAUUUUUUUACCACAUGGUGGCACACCAAAUUCCAGCUAUUAUAGUCUGUCAAGCCGUUUCCGAAAUAGAAAAAAGCGGCAAAUAAAAAAAGCGCGAAUGCCUUUUUUUUCUAGGACCAUAAAUUUUUUGUAGCCUAGCCAGUUUUCGUGGUUUACCUGUACUAGUAAUAAAUACAUGGUUGAAACUGUGGUAGUGGUAUCCUAGUGUUCAAUAAUGAGGUUUUACUAAGGAAUGAAUCUUCAUUGUGUGUAAAUAAUGGAGUCAAGUGAAUAGUGUUGUUGAAUUUGUUAUUUAUGCUUGUAUUCAUUAGGUAUUUUAUAUUGAACUAAUAUACAAGUACCCAGUU